CCUUCAGCCAAUAUCUUCAUACACACUUUUAUCCCGAAGUUUGUGCAUUCUUUCCACUAUUGCUGAAGCAGCAAACCAAAUUCAUUUUACUGAACGAACUUUAAUGCACGAAAUCAAGUGGAAAGACCAUGAAAAUUGGCAUUCUAAAAUUCAAAAAUUUUCGUUUCAUGUCUGGUAAUGGAGAUUAUAAUGUAACGUUUUGAUUUUGUGUUUUAGAAUUUUCAGUUUUAUUUGAAUGGAAAACGGAAAACCCAAAGAAUGGAUAUUUCUACAAUUUUGAUGCAAUAUACAUAAUACGGGUUUGUUUGAUGUGUUCUCUUACUUUUGUAUUUGCAGAAACGAUCUUGCUGGUCAGUGGCCAUAAAUCUUAGGUGCUGAAAACUGAUGAUCACUCCCUGCUAAAGUUAAUCUUAUUAUUUCAUAUUGAAUCAUAAAACUAUAUUUAAAGAUAACAGAAACCAAUAAUGGACAGUCUUGGCAUAAUGCAAUCAACACAUACUGGUUGAUUUAUUUUCGGUAAAUAUGUAAAAUGUUUUUUUAGUUAUAAUAGUAAAAAAAAUUUUUGUUAUUGUAAACAAACUGAAUAAUUAUGCUUAAAUAGUUUCUUCUGGAGUACGCAUACCCAACUGAUGCUGGUGCAAUUGUAUUAAAAAGUUUCAACGAAUAAUUAAUAAUAUUGAAAUGUUGUAAAGCUAAUACAUGCAGUGGAGAUUUUAUACAUAGCUAACCAUAAUUAACUUACCUAUAAAAAACAUCCCCGUGCAAAAAAGAAGGAAGAGCAAAAUACAGAAAAAAGGUCUUUUAAACUUAAAAAAAAUAUCUUUCUACCCAACACUUCACAAACAUUCCAUAGGCCUAACGCGAUGACAACAAAAUGCGGAAAAAUAUUUGUAUAGUUCAUCCAUCAACACUUGAAAGUACAUAAAUGUGAUUGUUAUGUUCUAGCUAGUGAAAGCAAAACUUUCUCCACAAUUACGUGCAUGUUGUAUUUUUUUACACUUGGUUCCCACAAUCAUCAUCAACACAAUACACGGGUGUUAGGCAGAAGCCGGUAAGUGUGCUAAUCGCCGUUAGUUCCGCCUGGCUGAUCUAUUAAAUGCAUCGAAAUCGCACGCACCAUGUCGACGAGUGUAUGCUGCUGAUAGAACGAGGAUGACGAGUGAUUUGUAUUAGUUUUAGUUGGCACGGUUCGGUGUGAAGACGUUUGAAAUGUGGCGCCUUUCAACAUUAUUGCUCGUUGUGCCCUGUCUAGCUGUGGUUCAGCUUUUCGGCUUUAAAUUUGUAAACCCUUGGCCUCUGUGUCCCGCAAACGACAAACGUUUACUUUCGCUGUUCAACCUACUGUGCAAUACAACUCAAACGUCUACCAUCACGACGCGAGACGCUUGUUAUGGGUGUUUUUUUAGGGCUGGGUCACUCGCCGCAGGACCAACACAAUUGGGCGCGAUCAGUCAGUGCGCUUCUUUGUAUCUCAUCAACACGAGCUAUGCUGCUUGUGCAACCAAUCUUGCAGGCAUUGUGACCGGUUUACGUCCGGUGAUCGUUUCACCAACAACUGCAUCUACAGCCGAUUGCUAUUCGGGACAUUGCGAGUUUGUGCAAUGUGUUAGACGUAUCAAUGGAAACAUGCUUAUCAACCAGUGCAUUCUACAAACGUUAAUUAAUCGCGAUCUCAACGUGGAAGCGCAACGCGUUGGUUUCUAUGUGAACACUACCUCAUGCAUACUGGCCAAGGCAAGAUGUGAUCCUUACAAUCCAAUUACGGGACAACUACAGCAACCACUAAAUGUACCAGCUGGAACCACCGGAAGGACGGGUUCGAAUUCGCUACAAAUUUCGCCAACGGGUGACAUACGAAUCAUAUCGUUUCCUAGGAAGGUUGCCGUUGGAGAUGCCUUCUGUUCAUCGCGAACUCUGCUAGAUCAGUCAACAUUUGGCAAUUCUAUUUGUUAGCGCGAUGCGUCCCGUUUUACUCAUUAUUUAAUAAAAUUAUGUGUUUAAUAUCAAUUCCAUACACCUUUCAAAGAGAGCAUAAUCUAACUAACAUUCUUACUAGCUUUAAAUACUCUCGAAGCAUAUAUCAGCUGCAUAACCAAAGCCACGGUGAAAAUGCAAAUUUUAGCGGGAG